CGACGCCCGCUCCACGUCCAACGCCGCCUGUUUUCCUGCACACGCCCGCUUCUGACUCCCCUCGUCCACACCUCCGCCAUGUCGCUGGUGGGAGAAAAGCACGAAUGGGGCGCUGUCCGCGUGCGCCAGACGUUUCUUGACUACUUCAAGGACCGCGGCCAUACGUUUGUCCCCUCGUCGUCGGUCGUGCCCCUCUCCGACCCCACUCUCCUCUUCACCAAUGCGGGCAUGAACCAGUACAAGGCCAUCUUCCAGGGCACCAUCGACCCCUCGUCCGACUUUGCCCAGCUCAAGCGCGCCGCAAACUCGCAAAAAUGCAUCCGCGCCGGUGGCAAGCACAACGACCUCGACGAUGUCGGCAAGGACAGCUACCACCACACUUUUUUCGAGAUGCUGGGCAACUGGAGUUUUGGCGACUACUUCAAGAAGGAGGCCAUUGGCUUCACCUGGGAGCUUCUCACACAGGUCUACGGCAUAGAUCCAAAGCGGCUGUACGUCACCUACUUUGAGGGCACCGACGACCUCGAGCCCGAUCUCGAGGCCAAGGAGCUCUGGCUCAAGGCGGGCGUGCCCGAGGACCAUAUUCUGCCGGGAGACAUGAAGGACAACUUCUGGGAGAUGGGCGACCAGGGCCCCUGUGGACCCUGCUCCGAGGUACACUAUGAUCUGAGGGAGCCCGAGAAUGGCCAGUACAGGAAUGCCGCGUCGCUGGUCAACAUGGACGACCCCGAGGUCAUUGAGAUCUGGAACAACGUCUUCAUGCAGUACAACCGCGAGCCCGACCGAUCGCUGCGACCGCUGCCGAACAAGCACAUUGACACCGGAAUGGGAUACGAGCGCCUUGUCUCGGUGCUGCAGCACAAGAAAUCCAACUACGACACCGACGUCUUUACACCGCUGUUCAAGAGGAUACAGGAGAUUACGGGAGCGCGCGAAUACAGGGGCAAGUUUGGCAACGACGAUCCAGAUGGCAUCGACACUGCAUACCGAGUCGUUGCAGACCACGUCCGCAUGAUGAGCUUCGCUAUUGCCGACGGCGGUGUGCCAAACAACGUUGGUCGCGGAUACGUCGUUCGCCGAGUCCUGCGGAGAGGCGCCCGAUAUGCGCGCAAGUACUUUGAGACGGAGAUUGGUGGUUUCUUCUCCAAGAUUGUGCCUACACUAGUCGAGCAGAUGGGCGACAUGUUCCCGGAGAUCAAGAAAAAGCAACAGGACAUUAUCGAGAUUCUGGACGAGGAAGAAAAGGCCUUUGCCAAGUCGUUGGAUCGCGGUGAAGUCAUCUUUGAAAAGUAUGCGCAAAAGGCAAAGGCAAAGGCAUCAGAUGAGCUGCCAGGAGAUGACGUCUGGCGGUUAUACGACACGUACGGUUUCCCCGUGGACCUGACAAAGCUCAUGGCUGAAGAGCGGGGCUUGAAGAUUAAUGACGACGAGGUUGAGGUGGCACAAGAAAAGGCGCGCGAAGCCAGCAAGGGCGACAAGAAGGCUGCUGGUGUCCUUGUCAAGUUUGACGUGCACGACCUUGGUGCGCUCGAAAACAUGCCAGAGGUCCCCAAGACGGACGACUCUGCCAAGUAUGGCCGCGAAAACAUCACUGCCACCAUCAAGGCCAUAUAUCACAACAAAAAGUUCUUCAAGAGCACCGCCGAGGUGCCACAGGGCGAGCAGUUUGGUGUCUUGCUCGACCGCACAAACUUUUACGCUGAGCAGGGUGGUCAAGAGUACGAUACUGGAAAGUUGCUGGUCGACGGCGAGGCUGAGAUUAGCAUUGAGAAUGUCCAGGUGUAUGCCGGCUAUGUGCUGCAUACCGGUUACAUCAAGUAUGGAGAGCUGAGCGUCGGCAGCGAGGUCAUUGCCGAGUUUGACGAGCUACGGAGACAUCCCAUUCGCAACAACCAUACCGGCACACACGUUCUCAACUACGCCCUUCGCGAGGUUCUCGGCAACGAAGUCGACCAAAAGGGCUCGCUUGUUGCACCAGAGAAGCUGCGCUUCGACUUUUCGCACAAGGCCGGUCUGUCGGAUGCUGAGCUUGACAAGGUUGAGAGUAUCUCGUCCAAGUACAUUAAAGACGACUCACAAGUAUACGCCAAGGAGGUGCCGCUUGCAUCUGCAAAGGAAAUCAGGGGUGUUCGUGCUGUCUUUGGCGAGACAUACCCAGACCCGGUUCGCGUCGUCUCGGUCGGUGUGCCCGUCGAAGAGCUUCUGAAGGAUGUGAAGAACGAGAAGUGGGAGAAGCUUUCUAUCGAGUUCUGUGGUGGUACCCACGUACUCAAGACGGGCGAGAUCAAAGACCUGGUUAUCCUCGAGGAGUCUGGUAUCGCCAAGGGCAUCCGCCGUAUCGUUGCCGUCACAGGCCAAGAGGCAUACAAUGUCCAGCAUGUGGCCGGCGAGUUCCAAGAACGCGUCGAGGCCAUUGGCAAGAUGCCAUUUGGGCCGCAAAAGGAAGCCGAAGCAAAGAAGAUUGGCGUCGACCUCAACAACCUCACCAUUUCGGCGCUUGCAAAGAGCAAACUCCGCGAGCAAUUCGCCAAGAUCCAGAAGAGCAUCUUGGACGAGCAAAAGGCUGCCGCAAAGGCAGACAACAAGCGUGUUCUCGACGAAGUCACAAAGUUCUUCGAGGACGAUAGCAACAAGUUCAUGGUCAAGAAGCUCGACUGGUCAAGUAAUGUCAACAAGGCCAUUAGCGAAGCCAUCAAGACUGUUUCGGGCCCCAAGAGCGCCCUCAAGGAUCGCUCGCUCUACCUGUUUUCCGCCUCGCCUGAAGAAGGCAAGGUUGUGCAUGGCUGCUAUGUUAGCGAGCCAUUCAAGAACGCAGGCGCAGACGGUCCAAAAUGGGCUUCGGCCGUGACCCCCAUUAUCGGUGGCAAGGCCGGCGGCAAGCCCGGUGCUCCCACGGCAAUUGGCCAGGGCACCAAUGCAGACAAGGUCGAUGAAGGUGUCGAGGAGGCGCGGAAAUGGAUUGAGGCUUUCAAGAUUUAACUCCCCGGCUACUUGUUCACUUGCUCGCCUUGACAUGGCAUAGUAUAGCAUACCAAAUAGAAUAUCGCACAAGUAGGUCUCGUGACGUGUAGCGCUUGUCGUACCAAAUGGACAAUGGAGAAUCAUCAUGGGAAAUUUACAGUGAUUUCUUUGCUUGCUUGUCAGGAUGCGUGUAAUUGUUUGUUAUAUCUCUCUUUCUCUUUCUCUCUGGGUGUGUGUUUGUCUCUGAAUCAAUUAACC